GCAUCAUUUGUGUGCUGUCACGUUUAUUUAUCCAAUCCAAUCCGAGUCGAAAGAAGCGCACGAAAGAGCACGCGACGACGAAACAGAAACCGCAGAAACAAGACUCAAAUGUUGUGCACCAAAGACACGACUGCAACAACUCACUGCACUGAGACAAUUGUGUGAAAGUGUUAUGUGUUGUUCAUACCAUUGCACAAGCUAAUCGUUUAAUUUGCACCUGCCGUUCACCUUGCUCUGGGAGGUCACUGCAGCUAGCUGUGAUCGGGUUACAACCAUCUAACUCUAAAAAUAGGACGCUGUGGUGCGAGACACCGACAUGCUGCGAGUAAUAUUUUUAAUUGUAACAGUUGGCCUGUGUGCAUCAGAAAACAUCCCACAGAACGAUGUAUUUGCUGUCAACUCUGUUCAAGAUGAUGACUUUUACAGCCAAGACGUUGGCGACGCUGAAAAACUUCGAGUUAUCAUUGGAGACAGCUCCGGCUGGGUGAAUCCACACAACAUGUUCAGCUACAACCAAGGAUCUCAAGUGAACCGACCAAGCGAACGAUCAGAGAGCACAGCCGAGACUGACGAGCCGAUAUCUGAAGACACCGUGACUCCGAGUGAACGGAAAGCUUUGUAUUCUAAGAAAGCAUGGGCAACCCCCAAGCUUGUCCGCACUAAACCACCUCCGCCAACACAAGAGACUCAGGAGGUGCGCUCAGAGCCUGCACCGUUGUGCGACCCCUGCGACUGCAAGUGCCGGGAACUGAAAACGGACCUUCAGAAGUGCCAAGCUGACUUGCAGGCUGUUCGCUUACGAGCAGUGCUUGCAGACGUCGAAUCACCCAGGGGAUCCUCUACUGGCUGCGACAGAGAUCGCCAAUUUGUGUAUCUUCGUCGUCUGGCUUUGAGCUUUGUGUACCAUGCGAAGUUUCGUCGGCGCAACAUUCAGUCCAAUAUCAAACUGUCCAUCCUGCUUUCUCCAGAAGAGAUUUCCGCACUUGAGCAGCUCGCAAGGCACGAGGAAAGUCGUGCUGAAGAACUGGAGAGCCAUCUGUCCGCCAUUUUGGCAAGCUCUACUGUGGUUCCAGACAUUCCCAUGGAUACAGGCAUCAUGGCUGCCAUCGCCACCUGGUGUACCAGCGUUUUCGGACAACCGCGUGCAGAGUGGAUUGUCCCAGGACUGGCACUUUUGGGAGUGUUGCUCUUUGCUGCGCUGCACGGAGCCUCCUGGCGUGUGGUCUUCCUAGCGGUCGUAAUUUAUUUGUUCUUCGCGAGCUUCCUGUGGCAUUGGGUUCAUCUCUACAAGGUUACCGAGGCCCACCGUGAAGCGUAUCUCAAACAGAAUGUGGACGCUGCUAGCAAAUGCACACCCGAUUAUGAACCAGGGGUCCUGUCUAGCAUAGCAGACAUGUUCAGAACGAAGGUCGACUGCGAGCAGUACUACGAGGAAAUUCAUGUUAGUCCUUUGUGGAGGAACAGUCCCAUGGUGGUACUGUCGGAAACACUGUUCCGUAGCAUACUGCAUCCCCUCCUUUUUUCUGGCAAGUACCUCGGACGCUUCAUGAGCGAUUUCUACGGUCACUUAACCUGGUGGAGCAUUUUGCCAGCGUCUGCUUUCCUCGUCUGCGUCACCAUCGUUUUACUCGCACUCUGCCUGGGUUACGCGGUGGUCCUCCCCUGUGGCCUCGGCACCCUCAACCCACUGAGGGUCACAGCCAAGCCAAAAGUCAAGGGCACAGGUGACACGCAAGAUCCACCUUUCAUGACACACAGAGCUGCACCACGUAGUGUUGAAGAAGGGCAAGGAGAUUGCAGCGUGGUAACAGAAAAGGUAACGGCGGAACUUCCAGAAAAGAGAGAUAUUAAUGGCAGUGAAACAAACAGAACAUCAACGCCUCAAGUCACUGCACAAGAAAGCGUUGACAAAGAUAACGAGACAAGAAAGGCAGCUCCGCCUGCAGUAGGCACUCCCGCAGCGGAGUACGUUGAGGACGUAGCGGAUGAAGAAAUUUCGGAGGAAGAGGACGAUGAGGAGGACGAAGAUGAGGAAGAGACAUCGUGAUGAGAUGUCGAAAGACACAACGCUGUGAUAGGUGCAAUGCACAAAUGUGGGAGUGUUUCUAUGACUUUGUCUUUCACCAUAGAACUGUUCCCAGCUUUUAAGUAUGUUUGUAUGAUUAAAGUGCAAUUCUGAGAGUGGUUGCAUUAAGUACAGGUUCAAUGUUGCACUUGUUACACAUUUCACGGUAUAUGUCGCGUCUUACCCACCUCAAUCUUUGCUGUUCAAUACAGCAGGAUCUGUAUGAUGUUGAACAUAAAAAGUAAUAUGCAAGUGAGUUGGUGUAUACUUGACUUUGUCAGAGUAUAGAGGUCACUAAAACCUAACUCAUCAUCAUCAUCAGAGUAUCGAAGUAAAAAGGACCGCUAUGAAAAUCGGAGCCCCUGAGCUUGGAGUGAAAGACAACACAAAAUGCACAUUGUUGUUUGUUUUGUGUUCUAUUUUUUCCCAAAAGAAAAUUGUAUGCUGUGCAAUGUUUUAAUCAGUCAAAAGCAUUUAUCUUCUGCUGCAUCCACUUCGCGUUAAUCUUUCACUACGUGAAACCUUUUAGGGAGCCUGACAGCAAACUGUUGGUAGCUAGGAAGCCGAUACAACUCCAAAUCUGUCAUCAUUUACAUUUUAUGCGUAUCAUCCGCUGUCUUUAGAGACAUGAAGCUAAUGUGAUGUAGAUGCACGAAAAUGGCAAAUUUCUAGUUGGCUAGGUUAUUCAUUAGCAAUACAUCACAUGAAAUGGUUGCUUUUUGUUGUUCCUUUGGCACAGCACUAGUUUCAGUAAUAAAUUCUGGUUAUACGUCAAGAAAAAAAAAAAAAAACAUGAUAGGAAACUUGAGGUGAGCUAGUUCUUGCGCCUUAUUUUCGCAUUCUGUCCUGCAUACCAAGUGUGUAACAAGAGCAAUGUUCACCCUGUAGCUACUGAAGAGAGCACAGGUAUAAUACUCUACUACAGGCACUACUAUUAUGCUCUAGCAUCGGCUUCGCACUUAGCUUAGUUUUUGUGGGGUAUAUGCAGCCGGACAUUGUCUAGUCAUCUGGGGCAAGCACAAUAUGAGUGCAGGGGGACUGGCAUUGUCAUAUUGUGCAUCACACGUAAUCAAAAUGUCAGAGUUGAAAAAGAGUCAACUUGUAACUUAUAUUCGCUGUCAACUGCUGUUGUGUGUCGUUGUAUGCAUACCCUAGUUAUGCAAAUUUGCAAACUUCCUCGAAUGUAGCAAAGCACACAACUCUGUAGUACAUCAGCAGCAGAUAGUAUCGCGAGUUACUUUGCCUCUAACGAUUGUAAGGUUUGUGCUCAGAAUUACUUCCAGACCCCUGGGAUGCCACAGACAACAGUGGAAUACUCGCUCAGUGCCCUUUAAAGUAACGAAAUGAAACCACUGUGGGAUGUGCCCAGUUACAGCCUGGUGUGGGGCAAACUGUAUUGUCUAAUUGGCACUAUGAACACAUUUCAUUUAAUUUAUUAUACCUGAAGUGCCUCAUGGGGCAGUGACAUGACCCCUAUGGUAGAUGAAUUACAAAAUGCUGCGACAUAUUAGUCUGCAAACUGUGAAUUGCCUGCAACUCUUAUUGUCAUGUUUUCAUCUGGAGAAUUUGUUGCAUUUGUGGUCGAGCACUUUACUGCUGGAAAGACGUAUUCUUCGUAUCUGUUUCACUGCAUAAAAAAGCAAUAUACAAGGUGUACAAAAAAAUGUAUUAAAAAAUCUAUUUGUCUGAACAUUAUAAGGGGGGGGAGAGAUUUUGCUAUUGCUUCUGAGAGCUCUUAUCCAAUUUAAUUUGUAUGAAAUUGAAUUUUGCAAAUUGAUUUCCAAAGUUUUCUUUUCUUUUCUUUUUUUUACAGAAACAAAGCCCAUGUCAGAUUUACUCCAAUGAGCGAAAAACGACAUUUUGAGGCAUGAAAAUUGUCGGUGGAGCCCAAUUCUCCAUCAAAUUCGUGCAAGAUUCGGCGGAAGAAAGACAGUCACAUGCCCCUUCCUGUUUUCUUCUCAACCUUCUUUCAGAUAACUUUACAUUGCAACCAUGCUGUCGUUAUCAAAAGAAGCUUGAAAAGGGCAGGUACAUGGCCUCUUCGCAAUGCUUCUUUCCGAGUGCUGCUGGCAAUUUGUGCGUCUCCAAACAACGCUUUUCGCUUCUUUUGCGGCUGUUGCCAUUCUAUUAGUGAAUGUAUUUUCCAACAGAAUCGGGUAAAUCCGGCAUGAGCUUUCUGUUUCCGUAAAAGAACGUGACGUUAAGUUGGCGUAUUUCGGAGCUAAUUGGGAAAAUUCAAUUUCCCGCAUAUGAAAUUGGAUAAAAGUGCUCAGAAGUCAUGCCAAAAUCUCCCCCGAGUUAAAUAGCGUUUAUCCAGUAGUGUUCAGAAAAGUAAUUUUUUCAUAUGAAUUUUUUUCACAUUAGGUGAAACACCCUGCAUAUUCUUAGCUGUAAGCAUUUCAAGCAAAUAUGUGAAUAGCAGCUCUACAAGCAGCUGUGCAAGUUUGACUCACUCAAUUUUCUGUCUCAAGCAUGUCACCAGAUGGACAUUUUCUAUGCAUAUAUUGUGUGCAAUUGCGGGAAUGGAAGUUGUGUGGUGAAAUUGAGGUAAUCUUAUCUGAGUUUUGCUCUGUUCAAAUGUUGCAUUUACUGAUUCGAGCUGUGUACCUUCCUUUUUUUGCACUGACCAGUACUUCAGAAGAAAAAAGCCUCAAUGUGGUAUCCAAUUUGUUACAAUGAUAACACAAGUGUACAGCAAAGCAAAAAUACAAUAUGUUCUUGCCAGAA